UUUUCAUUAUGUACGGGGUUUCACAUGCAAAUACAGGGAGGACCGCACCCCAUUACAGGAAGACAGACAUCAUACUGAUUAAUGCCGGACUAAAAUAAACGAUUCAUCGCGUCUUUAUGACAAUUUAAGGGAGGUUUCGGUCUCCUUUUUCUCUACUUUUUAUUGUGUACCUGUAGAUAAACUGUCAUCAUGAGCAGUGAACUAGAAGCCCUUCGCCAGGAAACAGAACAGUUGAAAAACCAGAUAAGAGAAGCCAGAAAAGCAGCAGCUGAUACCACACUAGCCAGUGCCACAGCAAAUGUCGAACCAGUGGGGAGGAUACAAAUGCGCACUAGGCGCACCCUCAGGGGACACCUAGCAAAAAUUUAUGCCAUGCAUUGGGCAUCAGAUUCAAGGAACCUAGUAUCAGCUUCACAAGAUGGAAAGUUAAUUGUAUGGGAUGGUUACACAACAAACAAAGUCCAUGCUAUACCACUUAGGUCCAGUUGGGUAAUGACCUGUGCCUAUGCUCCAUCAGGGAGUUAUGUAGCAUGUGGUGGUCUAGACAACAUUUGUUCAAUCUACAGUUUGAAAACUAGGGAAGGAAAUGUAAGAGUGAGCAGAGAAUUGCCUGGACACACUGGCUACCUGUCUUGCUGCCGAUUUUUGGAUGACAACCAAAUUGUUACAAGUUCGGGAGACAUGACUUGUGCUCUGUGGGACAUUGAAACAGGUCAACAAACCACUGCCUUCACUGGCCACACUGGAGAUGUGAUGAGUUUAUCUUUGUCUCCAGACAUGAGGACAUUUGUGUCCGGAGCAUGUGAUGCUUCAGCUAAGCUCUGGGAUAUUAGAGAUGGAAUGUGCAAGCAGACAUUUUCUGGUCACGAAUCUGAUAUUAAUGCUAUCACAUAUUUCCCCAAUGGGUAUGCCUUUGCGACAGGAUCUGACGAUGCCACAUGCCGAUUGUUUGAUAUCCGUGCUGACCAAGAGAUAGGAAUGUAUUCUCAUGAUAAUAUCAUUUGUGGAAUUACAUCAGUGGCCUUUUCCAAGUCUGGUCGUCUAUUGCUUGGUGGAUAUGAUGACUUCAAUUGCAAUGUCUGGGAUGUUCUUAAACAAGAUAGAGCUGGAGUGCUGGCAGGCCACGAUAACAGGGUGAGCUGCCUGGGGGUAACUGAGGAUGGCAUGGCAGUAGCCACUGGAUCUUGGGAUAGCUUCCUCAAGAUCUGGAACUAGAGGGAACAACAAACUGUGCUACAGUAACUAUCUACUGCGAAUUUUCUUCUUCAUUCAGUUCUCAUGUGAAUGAUAACAAAAAAACAAUACAGUGAUUUAAUGUGAAUGUUAGAUAAAAUUCAUACAAGUAAUCACACUUUAUAGGGGGUUGAUAACAAGCAGUGAGUGUCAGUUUUGUCAGCUUUGUCUCCACUGUGGUGACUCAAAGACUUGAAGAUACAGAGCACCAAGGCAAAAUGUCUGACACUGUGUGCAGGAGCGACAUGAUACUUAUCAGUUAAAAAUCCUUCAUUGUGGAAAUCAGAUCUUAUUAGUCUUAUAGUUUGUGUGUAUGGAUCUAGACGUUUCACAUGUGUGCCAUGUGAUGUGCCCUUUAUAUUUCUCUCAGAGUAUCAUGUGUAUGACUGUAAUUGCAAACACUGCUUUGUCUGCUUGUACACGUUAGGAUGUUUCUUCUGACUCGUGGAUUUAAUGAUAAUGGAAUAAUGUAAGGGGACAAAAGAAGUACAUGUGACUCUGCAUCAUGUCUUGAUGAUCAAAUACACUAAUUGUUUGGGUCAUUUUUUUUUCUUUGAUUUUUUUUUAAAAAGAAAAUAUACAUGUAGAUUUCUGUUGUUGCAGUACACCCCAUGCAACAAUUGUUUUAACUUGACUUUUAAUAAGUUAGCUUAAGUGACAAGCGUUAUCCAUGUUGUCAGAUUUUUAUGAUCUGGUGGGUAUGACUAUGAUAGACCUAAAUGUAGGCUUAUAUGUUCACACCACCCCCUUAAACCUGAAUGCUAUGUGUUGUUUUGUAUCAUAUAUUUAAUUAGUGCAAUGAAUACAUGUAUUUUUCUCUCUUUAUUUUUUGUGAGGGGUAAGCAAUUGACCUUGCCUGUCCUCUUUCACAGUUUGUAUCAAAUUUUUACUUAUGAAUAUGAAUGUAUUUGUAGAAUAUUUUCAUGACUAUAGAAGUUUUAAUUUAUACCUUUGGGGUAUUGUUCCCUCAUUAACAACAAUCUGUAUUGUGUUUUUUAUGUCUUGAUCAAAUCUGACGAAAAUUUAAAAAAAAAAAGAAUCACUGAAAUAACAUUGAAAUGUGGUCUCGUUCUCUCUGUAAAAUAUUUAUUAUAUCCUGAAGUACUAAAUCGUGAGUAAAUGUGUGUAUGGGUGAGAUUGUGUACAAGGUCCAAAUUGUGUUAGUGAUUUGUCAUAUGUAGUCCAUAUAUUAAAGAACGGUUAGGAAGGCAUUAUUACAGUAUGAGCGUUUGAAAAAUAUGCAUGUCUUAAUGGUCUAAUAUACGAAAAUUAAUUUCUUUUGACAAUAGUUAACUGAUGGAAAUAUUAGGCAUAAUACUGGAAGUGCUUUUCGUGUUUGGAUUCUUGGUUUUAAAAUUAAAGUGGUUGACCCCUGGGAGACAAAUAGCAUCCAACUUUGGUUGAUAGGUUGCUUGCUCCAUCAUUCAGGGGGGUGUGUAUUAACUAGUCCUUCACCUGUACUAUUGUAAUGUAUUUCUCAAUUGUCAAUAAAGCUUUUUUGUCA